AUGUCGCAAACCCUCAAAACGACUCCUCGGUCAAUGACCGGGAACCACCCCCUUCUACCAGCCUCGCGACCUGGGUCGACCUACGAGCCUAUCCCACGUGUACCAACGUACACUUUGAUAACAUGGACAUUUGGGAGAGGUUCCGUGGUUUGGAGGAUCUGGCCAGCCGUGCUGCUUCAUACCGUGUUUGCCGCCGGGAUCGUUACCUUGUCUAUGCGAGGCAUUGUCGAUCUGGAAAUUCCCAAUGUCAUGCUGACGGUGCUGGGUGUUGUUAUCGGUUUCGUUAUAUCAUAUCGAGCAAUUAGCGGAUACGAGCGGUACUGGAUGGGGAGGACUUGCUGGUCGGACGUUAUGCGGAAUGCCCGGAGCUUGGGCCGUCUUUUCUGGUUCCAUGUUCCACCUCGCCUGUCUGCGAAGACUCCAGAAGAAAUUCAGUCCGGACAGCUUCAACGUUCUCAUGAGGAGUUGAGCAAGGUGAUGGCGGAGAAACGGAUGGCGCUGGAUCUGAUUGAAGGGUUCGCCGUCGCACUCAAGCACCACAUUCGAGGAGAGUUGGGAAUCUAUUACCAGGACCUGUACCAUCUCGUCCGGCCAAUGCACGAGCACGACCACACCGCUGACAACAAACACACGCAAGAAGCGAUCUCUUCCGCUCUACCUGAACCCCGCAAAGCACAAAGAAUAACCACUCAGACCGUCAUCAGGACUGAACAAUCACGCCCACCGCGUUCAUCAUCAUCCUCGUCUGACGUGAACCCUAUCAUCCCACCCAUCAACGCCUACGGCACGUUCGACCCGAGCAGACUGACAUCUCCCUCCCAUCAUAGCCUGAGACGCUCGCCAUCGCAAGGCUCGCACCUCUCGAACGCAUCUAGCACGAGCCAACACCAGCCCCUUCUCCCAUCAUCCCAACCCCCGCCAGAGGACAACGUGAUGGAUAAAGUGUCCAGCGAUCUCAUCCCCUUCGCUGGUAUCAUCUCCAUGCUUAAGAGACAGUUCAGUCCGAGAACGGUGCAGAUUCUCCCGACUGGCGUGAUGGAGGAACAGAUUGAUCAGAACGCCCCGACCCGCGGCGAGCGGAAGUGGCAAGGGCCUGUUCACCCAGGUUUGCACACCAAGCAUCGCCCAAGGGUGGCUGGAGGAGGAGAGAACCUCCCGUUGGAAAUUCUACGCUGCCUCAGCGAGUGGUGUAGCGUGCUUGAGGACCGUGGAACUGUGCCUGGAACAAGUCUUGGUCCUAUGCUCGGGACAAUCUCUGCUUUCGAGGACUCGCUGACCGCUCUGGAACGUAUUUUGACUACUCCUCUUCCCUUCGUUUAUUCCGUGCACAUCAGACACACCGUCUGGGUGUAUCUGUUUUUCUUGCCAUUCCAGCUAGUAAGCCAGUUCGGUUACUACACCAUACCCGGCGUCGCGAUCGCAGCAUUCAUCUACCUCGGCUUCCUGGCCGCGGGAGAAGAAAUCGAGCAACCGUUCGGUUACGAUGAUAACGAUCUCGACCUCGACCUGUUCUGUCAUUCCAUAAUUCAUCAAGACAUCAAGCACCUGAAGAUUUCGCCCUGUCUGAAUGCGUACUUUGGUCCUGAAGUGAAGAAAACUGCACGGACGGAACCGCGUCGCUCGUUGACGCUUACUGAGAUUACGGGACUCCAGGCUGUUGACAUUGAUGCUAGUGGCAAAAGUCCGCUAUCAGAACAUAUGCCCUGGCCGUGA